AUGGGAAACGAGGAUCCCUGGACACCAUGGCACAUAAAAUGUCCAAGUGAGGUGCUGGAGCCCACAUUCGCCGCUCAGAGAACAACACUUGGACCUCAGCUAAUUUGCACCAUGGCUCCUAUUCCUAAAACUCCGCGAACUCCCAGAACUCCCACUAAAUCUUUGAGAACUCCUAAGUCGACCUUGAAGACGCCGAGGUCUUUGAGGGCGCCGAGGACCUUGAGGACGCCCAGGAGACUGAAGGCGCCGCUGGGCAGGUCCUCAAGAACCCCUCGUCCCAACGCCAAGCCCCUGACGAUCGGCGACAUGGUCUUUGAGGCUGUGGAGGCUCUGAAUGACCGGAGGGGCGUCUCGCUGCACGCUAUUAAGAAAUAUCUCCGGGACAACAAGAAAGUCGACACCGAGGCGAAAGCAUUCUUCAUCAAGAGGUAUCUGAAAGCCUUCGUGGAGGAAGGAAAACUGGUUCAAGUUGCAGGCACGGGCGCCAACGGAACUUUCAAGCUGCCUGGCAAGAGAGCGAGUUCGGAAAAGCAAUCUGGAGGCUCCAAGGCCGUCGUGAAAGUUGCGAGCAGACCGAAAAUUGGCAAAAUAGCAGGAAGACCAGUGCAGCGUUCCUCUAAAACAUCAGAUAAAUACACGAAUGUGCCAAAGAAGAUUUUAAAAGGAAAAAUUAGUAUGAAAUACUAG